AUGUGCUCGGAAGAGGUCAGUGACGAGGAUGACAAACCAAAGAAACCGAAAAGGGGUGGUGCCUUGCAGAAGUCCAACGCCCCAAAAACUGAAGCUGCCCGAGAGGCCCGCCUGAGACGCGUCUGCGAGCGCAAGCCCACGGGCCGUUGCCACGUGCCUCCGGAUAUCCACGAGAUGUGGGCCUCAGGUGGAUCAGUCAAGCGGAAAGAGAUGGCACGCAUGCUUGAGGAAAGUGGGUGGGAUAAGGACUGCAAUCACGUUGUGUGUAUGCAAGCGUGUUUUUUGAAUGAAAGGAAGUACAUGCAUAAAUCCGACAAGUACAACAAGAAGGUUCGCAAAUACUAUGUGGAAUACGAAGAGGAUGAUGAAAGUGGAAAUGAAUCAAUUGAGCGCGAAAAGGAAGAAGAGGUGAAGGCUGGCAAGUUGGUGAAGUUCGACAGCCUGGGCAAGGGCAAAAACCGGGUGACUUCAAAACCGCGUCCAGCGGAGUCAGAAGACGAUGAGGCCGAGUAUGGUGCCUUGAAGAAGUUUGGGGAUUCGCUCCUUACCAGGGCCUCAAAGCUUUCGGACCUCAUCGGAGAUGUGGAAGAGGGGUGCUCGAAGGUCACCACGGCGGAGGCUGCUGCGAAGAGCCUUGUCCGGAAUAUCCUCAAGCUCCUGAACAAGGAGUAG